AACCUUAAACUUAUUUAUGGUGUGUGUUGUUUAUGCCCAACUGCCGAUAAGGGAUACAAGUGCGUCGGUGCCACAAUCAAUAGCAGCAGCUGGCUACCCGGUAGAGAAGCACCGGACCAGAACAGAAGAUGGGUACAUCUUGCAAAUCUUCAGGAUCCCGGGAGGAAAGAAGUCGCCAGGUCGAUCAGGGAAUACGAAUACUAAAAGGAAAGGGGCUGUGGUUCUAUUUCAUGGACUAUUCGGAUACAGUGGAAAUUUUAUCGUCUUGGGACCUGAACAAAGUCUUGGUUACUUCUUGGCCGACGCGGGAUAUGACGUUUGGCUCGCCAACCUUCGCGGCACAGUAUAUUCAGCACACCAAAACCUAUCCAAAAGUGACAUGACUUUUUGGGAUUUUAGUUUCCACGAGCACGGCAAGUAUGACGCUCCAGCCAUCAUCGACAAGAUUCUCUCCGUUACUGGUCUACCUCGUCUCCUGUACAUCGGCUACUCCAUGGGAACCACCACGUUCUUCACCAUGAUGGCCCAGAGACCGGAGUACAACCAGAAGAUCAUUGCGUUCGUAGGCUUGGCGACUGGGGUCUACCUCGACAAUAUACGGCCAUUGAUAAAUUUUGUGCAAUCUAUAGAUUUGUUAAAUAUAUUGAGGCAAAGGGGUCACAACGGCAUAGCAGUAAGCCAGGAGACGCUCACGUACAUUUCCUCGUCGUUCUGCAACAAUUUGCAGCCGCUUUCUGACAUCUGCACGAAGCUGGCGUACGCAGUGGUCGGCGAUGACUACGAGCAACGACGCUGGGAUAUGAUGAUAUUAUUUUUAACAACAAUGCAGCCCGCUUCUUUUCGUCAAAUAGAACAUUUUGGGAAAAUUGCUCAAACAAGUGUGUUCACAUCGUGGGAAGAUGGUCUCGGCAGGCCAGGUGCUGAGGGCCGAGUUAAACCAUACAACUUGACGAACGUACGCGUACCAGUUACAUUGAUCUAUGGCGAAAAUGACCAACUGACUGAAAAAUCUCAAAUCAAGCGCCUUGCUGAAGAGCUGAAGGCCACAGGCACCCUGGAGUCCAUUACCGCGUGUCCGUGGCCAAAGUUCAACCAUCUAGACUUUCUGUUCGCGAAAGACGUCGCCAGCAUACUCAACAAGCCCGUUGUGAAGCUCGUCAAUGAUUUGUUCAGUAAAUAUUACAAAUAA